GAAGACUUGGGAUUAUAACAUAUAACAGAAAAUUAAGCAACACCUAACUAAGAAAAUGAGCAUUGGCAUUGCAAUUAGAGUUGCUGUUAUGAUAGGCAUAGCGGUAUGCCUUGCCUCCAUUGCAAAUGCUGCACAAGGCCUUGCCGUUUGGUAUAAAAACGACAGUAAAAAACCGAUGCCUCCUUAUACUCCUUCAAAAUGCUAUGGAAAUCAAAAUAAUGGGCUAAUAGUUGCUGGGGUAAGUGAUGCCCUGUGGAAUAAUGGAGCAGCAUGUGGAAGAAGGUACAGAGUCACAUGCAUCGGAGGUGCAAACAAAGCACCGCAUCCUUGCAAACGAGGCAGUGUUGUAGUGAAGAUCGUCGAUUAUUGUAGCAGAGGCUGCAUGGGAGACAUUAAUCUCUCACAAGAUGCCUUCUCCCGAAUCGCUGAUACUGAUGCUGGCAUAGUCAGAGUUCAGUAUGACCAGGUUUGAAGCUUUCGUGGGGGGGAGAGUUUUUCAGGUUAGUUUAAGUACUAUAAAAUAAGGCGUAUGAUCAAUUGAUCCUGGAGGUUGGCUACUUCUACUUCAAGAAUGUGAUACUAGCUAGUGUAAAAAGUCAUACAUAAGACUAUGAGAAAACCAACAAAAAAUUAAUAUUAAAAAAAAAAAAAAUCGUGAGAAUAAUAAAUUUUAAAGGAUCACAUGAGGCUCUUUGAAUUCCAGUUCUUUAAAUUUGUACUUAAUUAAUUAUUAUCUGCUAAUCCAUCGGGCAAUGAGAUUUAAUAUAAAAGAUUUAUGCAGGGUUGCAACUUGGCAAA